GCUGCGCCCGAUCUGCGCUACCUCGGCACGCCAACCCCAUCGCGCGUGGGCAACACGAUAUCGUCGACUAGCUCGCGGAAGUUGGUGGGCGAGAGCGACAAGUCCAAGUUCGAAUUCUUUGUGGGGCAGGCUGCUUGCCUGCCAGAGUCCAGCGCGGAUCCGCCCAAGACGGCGCGUUGCGGCGGGUCGUUCCUGUUGCCCCUGUGGACAUUGAUCACAGUUUUGCGGGACCCGCCAGUCGACGGCGACGAGUUCGACACUGAGGAUUUCCCGCUGGAGCGUGUGAUGCAUGUAGGGUAUGAAGCCGUCGGUGCGCCGAAAGUCGGGCAACCCAUGGGUGGUGCUGCUGGCAGAUCUCAGCAUGGGGGCGGUGACGAUCUCGGCGAAGACGACGGUGCUUGCGGAUGCGGUGCUUGGGAUUCGCUGGCGGCCGAUGCCACCGUCGACGCCUGCUCAGCGCGACAGCUGUAUGACCCAGGCCACGACAGGACCCGUGCGGGCACGAUCGGCGCGCUGGAGCUCUACAGGCCGCGCCGUCAGGCCUUGAAGCUCCUGGGCGUGAUCGGUUUCAUUCUGGAGACGCGGGUGAGCUUCGUGGGAUGGAUCUCCGCCUGCCGCGACGCCUUCAUGGAGUUGUCGGAGACGGCCCAGGGGUGGGUUACCGACCUCAGCGAGUGGGCGGAGUGGGUUCGGAAGUUGAUCCCGUCGCAGCGGUGGGCGGCCACCAGCGCUUCGCUGGUGCUCAUGCUGCUGUGGGGGGCCCACGAGAUGCACGAGCCGGAGGAGCCUGGUCAGUCUUCGGCGGCAUAUCUCGCUUCGGGCUCUGCAGUGGGAGACGUGGACGCCUCGCUCGCGAGCCCCCCGCUGCCGCCGCCCGCUUGCGCCCCGCUCGAUGCCGCGACCCUCGGGCACUUAAACGACCUGGCGGAGUCGCAGCGCGCAGCGGCGGCUAAGUUGGACGAGAUGAGGCACCCGACAAAGAGGGCAGCUACCGAGCAGCCCGGAGCGGCGCAGCCGGCCAUCGAGCGGACGCAGUUCAAGGCGCAGUCGCCUCAGCAGGCGCUCAUGGGGCAGUCGGAGGAGUUCAGGGGGGUCCCAGCUAGCGAGUGGGCCACCAUGAUGCCGAAAGACUUCGCGGGGCGCAUCGCCGCGGACGCGCCGUCGGAGAUCUACGCGCCAGGGAAGGGCGCGGAAGCUCGGGCUCGCGAUUUCACCCGAGAUCGCGGGCCCAUGGACUGCAGCGCGGCGCGGGAGAUGACAGCGAUCUUCGCCGCGGCGGACACGAUGCUGAUGACCGAUCGGCAGAAGGGAUUGCUCUACCAGAUGAGUUUCGAGCGGUCGGCGGGGCAGGGGCGCGCCCUGGCGCGGGCGCGCCGCGACGCGCACUCGAAGGACGACUGGGGCCAGCCCAAGGAUGCGACGAGCCGGAAGUCGAAGGCGGGCCGGGAAGCCACCCGUCGCCCGGGCCCGACGCGGGCGGACAAGGGCGCGAUUCGGGCAGCGGGCGCCGAGGAGGAGGCGGAGAAGGCCGCGGCCAAGGACUCGCAGCUGACGAAGGCUCCGUCGGACCUGGACAGCGCAGCGCGCCGAAUUGGGGCUCCUAUGUCACGGCGGCGCGACAUCCUGUCCGAGGCAUCGCUGCCCCCGCGCCCAGAGGGCCCUUGGUCGACGCCCCGCUGGGCGCCCUCGCUCUCGCGGGAGGGGGCGGGGGCCCUUGGGCGCGCCAAUCGUUGCCUCUUGGCGCCGGGGCAGCUCUGCCGCGCGAGCCCCGACGACAGGCCGCUGGAUCCGGAGGGCAUCUGGGGCCGGGGGCCGCUGCCCAGAAGCCCGGGCGGGGAUCGCUUUCGGCGAGCGCUGGGGGGAGUUCGCCGCCAGCGCCUUGCCGAGAAGCUGAGGCUGCGCCCUACUGUCCUGGAGGCGACCCAGCCCCAGUCGAACUCCAAGCAGAGGUUGGCCGAGCUUCGAGGAAGGAGCGCUGGCGGGCGCGGGCGGCCGCCAGACAGGGGCGAGACGACCCCUGCUCUGCGGGGCCGCGCGGCGCUGCCUCCUCCCGGGCCCAGACCGGCGAGCGCGGGGUCUGCGUCGCCGCGCGCGGCACAGAAGUUGGAGCCUUCCAAGGAGGAAAUGUCGAGGGGGCGCGGGGGCGACUGCGCGGCGAAGUGCGAGGCGCGGAACGACGAGGAUCGUCGAUUUCGCAGGAAGACGGACAUGCUACAGCUGGCCCACAUGAAGGCGACUGCAGGGAUGUUGGGCCAGAUACCCCGGAAGGUGGACGAGUUCGGUUUGUUCCGCGUGGUGAAGGAGGCCGAGAUGGGCGAAGAUGUCGGGCCUAACCAGGGCGACUUCGUGGUUCACGGCAUGGGCUACGCGUGGCCGGAGCUGCAGACGGGCCCGCCGAGGUCCAAGCGGGCGCGACCGGCGCGGCAUUGUCUACACUUGGCUGGAAAAGGUGGCCCACAGCCGCUCGAGUUCUGGGCAGUUCUCGACGACGCGGCGAGGUCGGCUGGACGAGUGAAGGAGGUUGACGCUGCCGAGCUUGCCUUGGACGCCUACCGGCGGUCCGCCGAGCCAUUCGGGCUGCGCGCGUCAGACAUUCUCAUCGGCAUGGACGCGGGUGACCAGCAGGUGGCGGCUCUGCGCCUCGGCGUCACUGAGCGGAGCGAGCGCGCCAAGGCGGGCGCCAGGCAGGACGCGCCGAUCGAUCGGAAGCACGUCGCCGAGAUGCUCAUCCGCAGGCAGAUGGAGAGGGAGCCGACUGACCGAGUGUUCAGCUGCACGGUAUACGUCGACCGCCGAGCUUCGCGGCGGGCCCGCGAG